AUGUCUGGUUCGCAAUCCGGCAGUCUGAUUUUCCUGAAUCUGCCUCCUAAGACAUUUAUCGGUCUCGAUCUCAUCACGUUUAACUCAUCUGCCCAGUUCCAAGGAAUCCACAACAUCCGACAUGGCCUGCAUCUCCUCUACAGUGGGACGGACGCCUCGCUUUCAAUCCGACAAGGUCGAUGGGUAAAUCUGACCCCGGACGAUCCGCGUCGGAUCCUGCAGUGGAACGCAGACAGCGAGUCUCUCGAUCUCCUCGAUGACGAAGCCGAAUCGGCGCAAAAUGUGAUCUCUUCAGCGAGAGACCCGUCCCGCGGAUUACUCGACUACGAGGCACUGCAAGCUGCGACCAGCGAUCUCGCCGCAAAACAGAGCACCAACAACGGCAAUACAUCUCUUAGGUCCACCAAACACCGUGAUGGUGCAGAAGAAGGCGAUGAUGCCGAAGUGGAAGAAGACCAGGGCAAUGACAACGGCAACAGCGACCCUGACGACCAAGCAGAUCCCUCGACCUGGCAAGACCUGACGUCUCACAUCUCACCGACGCUACUCACACGCAUCCUCCAGAGCGAGUGGACCACGACGUCCGUCGCGUCCGCGCCAUCCGACACAGAAACCAUACCUGGGCUCUCGCACCUCGAAGCCAACGACGCCCUGCACCAGCACCCGCUGCAUCUGACGGUCAUCGACCUCAAGCAGACCUGGGCUGCCGACGAUGUCGGACGCGUACGCACAGACCGCGCCCGCGACCGCAGCUGGUAUCUGUCGACGCUUGUGGACGCGGUAAGUCUCGAACUCGUGGACACUGAGACCCCGUCGGCUACGGCACGGGAAAAGACGCAGAACGAGCGCAAGACAGUGGGUGCACGGGGUUUACUAGGGGAACUACAGUUCUGCUUCCUCAUGGUGCUGACGCUCGCGAACUACAGCUGUCUCGAGCAGUGGAAGCGCAUUCUCGUGGUGUUCUUUACGUGCCACGAGGCGCUCCGGGAUGUGGAGCCUUAUUUCGUGCAGAUGGUGCGUGUGAUGGGCGAGCAGAUGCGCAGGGUAGAGGAUGUGGAAGGUGGGUUGUUUGAGUUGAGGGAUGAGGUGAGCAGUGCCUGGUUGAGACGGUAUUGGGCGAGGUUUCGCGCUGCUGUGGAUGUGCAUGCUGCAGAUGGUGGAGUGGAGGACUUGAAAAGGGAGGUCGAGAGACUGCAGUCGUUCUUUGAGGAUAGGUAUGGUUGGGCGAGUGAGAGGGAUAGGCUUAGGAGGGGGAUGUUGGAGUUGGAGGAUGGUGAGAUGGUAGAGGUUAGUCUGGCUGGGGUGGAUGAGGAUGAAGAGACCGGAGAGUAUGCUCCUGUCGUUGUCGAGAUGUAA